ACGGAGCGCACCUCGCAGCCGGCGGGCGCGUCCUGGGAGCGCUGCGUCGGGCAGAGCUGUUGGGGGCUGCGCCCCCCGGAGUCUGGGCUCUGCUCUAAGCCCCGCGUCCCCUGCUCCCCGCACCCUCGCUCCUGCCUUCUUAACAGCAACCCCCCCAGUUUGCACGCGCCCCUCACUGCCCCCACCCGCCCCUCUCCCAGCAGUCCCUCGCGCCCUCCAGCCGCCGGAGCGCCGCGGCCAUGGGCAUCCGAGGGACGCUGCGAGCUGCCGUGUUCCUUCUGCUCAUCAGGACCUGGCUCGCGGAGGGCGACAACCCCAGUCCCGUCCCGAAAUUCCACUUCGAGCUCUCCACCGUACCCGAAGUAGUCCUGAACCUCUUCAACUGCAAAAAUUGCGCAAAUGAAGCUGUGGUUCACAAGAUUUUGGACAGGGUGUUGUCAAGAUAUGAUGUCCGUCUGAGACCAAAUUUUGGAGGUGCCCCUGUGCCUGUGGGAGUAUCCAUCUAUGUCUCCAAUAUUGAACAGAUCUCAGAAAUGACUAUGGACUAUACGGUCACAAUGGUUUUUCAUCAGACAUGGAAAGAUCCACGUUUAGCAUACCAUGAGACCAACCUGAACCUGACCCUGGACUAUCGAAUGCUUGAGAAGUUAUGGGUCCCUGACUGCUACUUUCUAAAUAGCAAGGAUGCUUUUGUGCAUGACGUGACUGUGGAAAAUCGAGUUUUUCAGCUUCACCCAGAUGGAACGGUGCGAUAUGGCAUCCGACUCACCACCACAGCAGCUUGUUCCCUGAAUCUACAAAAAUUUCCUCUGGACAAGCAGACCUGCAAGCUGGAAGUGGAGAGCUAUGGCUACACAGUUGAAGACAUAGUCCUGUACUGGGAAGGCAAUGGGCAAGCCAUCCAGGGCACUGAGAAGCUGCAUAUCCCUCAGUUCAGCUUCCUGGGAAAGACGAUAACUAGCAAAGAGGUGCUUUUCUACACAGGUUCCUAUGUGCGCCUGAUACUGAGGUUCCUGGUCCAGAGGGAAGUCAUCAGCUACCUGGUACAGAUCUAUUGGCCUACUGUCCUCACCACUGUUGUCUCUUGGAUGUCAUUUUGGAUGAACUAUGAAUCCUCUGCAGCCAGGGUGACACUCGGUCUGACUUUAAUGCUCAUCCUGAACACCAUCAACUCACAUCUGCGGGAUAAACUCCCCCAGGUCUCCUGCGUCAAGGCCAUCGAUAUCUAUGUGGUUGUAUGCUUCUUCUUCGUGUUCCUGUCCUUGCUGGAAUAUGUCUACAUCAACUAUCUUUUCUACAGCCGAGGAGGGUCCCGACGCAAUAGUAGGCGACACAGACGAGCCCAAAGAGUCAUGGCCCGCUACCGCUACCGCUACCGGAGCACAGCGCUGCAGAAAGCCCAUGAAGAGAUGGUUCUGUCAGUGGAAGAGCUCCACAGUCACAUUAGAAGUGCUGCCCGGAGAAGCCCCACCCCUCCUCGCUCCCCGCCAGUACUUGUUCACACGGGAUAUGACUCUAACAAUUCCACUGUCUGCUUGAGAGAUGAUCAGUUCAGCGUAGAAGACGAGAGUGGCUCUCCUUCCUCCACACCAGUGCCAGCCCACCUGGCAAGCCUAGAAAGCCUCGGCUCUUUGACCUCUAUCACAAAGCAGGCCCCACUGGCCUCCUUAGAAAGUCUCAGCUCACUGUCUACCCUCUCAGGCCAGGCCUGGCCAGCCAGCAGAGAAAGCCUGAGCGAUCUGCCUUCCAUCUCCGAGCAGGCCCUGGAUGGCUAUGGCACUCGCUUCCAUGGUCCCGAGAUUGAGGACAGCAUUAUUCCUACUGAAAUCCGCAACCGCACUGAGGCCCAUGGCCGUGCAGAGACCCAUGACCCAGAGGACCCUGAAGAGACCUCCAGCUUGGGUGAGAACCAUGGUCAUGGCCCCAGUAGGAGGCAUCUGCUUGUCCUCAGCCAGAGGUGUGUGCAAGAAGCAGGCUGCAACCUUGAUGAGAUCCGUAGCUUGCCUGAUGACGUCAAAGUUGAGAGUGGCUUCCUUGGCCUCGAGAAGCAACUCAAGCAUGCUGUUGAGACAACCUGGAGCCUUGAUGAUGAUUUCAUGAGCUUUGACGAAGACAAGGACAGUAAUUCAGAGUCUGAGGACAGUUAUCCGCCAAGCCCUGGGUGCAGCUUCACUGAAGGAUUCUCCUCCAAGCUCUUUCACCCUGACUACGUCCCUAAGGUUGACUGGUGGUCCCGGAUCCUCUUCCCUCUUGCCUUUGUGGUGUUCAACAUUGUUUACUGGGCCUACCAUUUCAAGUAGUUCCCCAUUGCCCCAGAGAGACAGGGCACUGUGCUGUGCUCCUUUCACAGUCCUUAUGGUUCCGUUUUGCCUGCUUUUCUUUGUUCAUGUUCUUUUCUUGUGGUUAUCCGGGCAGUCGAAUCAGCCCUGCCUUUCUCUUUAUAAACAUGAGGUGAGGGGUAGUGGGAAAGGAUGUGUUCUGGCUGGAAGGAGAGGGAUUGAAGAGAAGCUGGAAGUAAGUAGCACAGUAAUUUUCCUUUUCUUCUAGAAGACUAUCACUUUUUCAAGGACUCCUACCAGUUAAUGCACACAGAAAAGCCCCUGGAAAUGUCUAGGGGACUAAGAGGAGCCACAUUGGAGCACAGAGGAAGGAUCAAAGUCCCAUGCACAAACGUUCCUGAGGGCUUUUCUAUUCUCCUGAGGUUUUGAACUUUCUGUUUUGUUCCUCCGAGGGAUCACAGCCCUUUCUCCACACACACCCCCACUUAGGAUUUCGUGGGAGGAGGUCAAGCUGCUUGGGCUGAGCCGCACAGGGGCUUGCACAUGUUGAGAGCUGCCUCUAAGGAGCUUGGGAAAUCUUGAAUGUGCCUUUUCCCCACUAUUUUUUCUGUUAUAUUUUGAGUGUGGUGGUGUAGCUCAGGGCUGACGGUGCAUGUGGGUGGGCAGGCGGGUAGGGGUGCCAAGCGAGACGUCAGGGUAGGUGGGAGAGCAUGUUUCCCAUAGGAGCUUGCAGGGAGUGAUAGAUGUCAGGUGAGCAAGUACCCAGAUUGGAGAAGUGAGAAUUUCUCUUGUCUACAUGUGUGCAUCAGAAUGCUUGACAGCAGGGCCUCCAUACAUGUGUCUAGGUCAGAUGCUUAACUGACCCACAGUCACAGAGCAAGCACUUGGUGAAAGGCUAGCAUUAGGAAAGUUCACCAUCUAAUCUCAAACAGCAGAUGAACAAUUGUUGUGAAUCUAUAUACUAAUCCUUUCUGUUUGUCUAGUGCAUACCUAAGUACCAACAAGCUUACUGACCGACAACAUCAUCAGACUGUCACGGGAGCCCUGUAAGCCAGGGAAGGCUCAGGACCUUGUGCCCAGUGUUCCAAGGGAAAACGAGCUUAUGAACUAAGCUGGGGACAUCCAGCCAGUGCGUGGUGGAGCUGCCCCACCUGCUCUUUCUUCUUGUCCUCUUAAGUCUCAACUGAAAUGGACCCCUUCUUCCCUUCCCCUUUACAAAAGGGGGUGUUCUGUCGGCUUCUGCUUAUCUGCCAGGCACCAGACAUCACCCUGCAGCACGCAGAGUGUCUCUGCAGGAAGAGGCCAUUGACGACCAACACGUGUGAACCGAGCACGGGGGGCAUGGAUGCUGCCCCCGCCCCGGAGCUCCUAAGGCAGGAGAAAGUAGCCUACGCUCCAGUCUGCCAAGCAGCCCCACCUGUGUUCCUCAUUCCUCCCCAGGCAGCCUCUCCUGCAGCUCCUCAGCCACCUACCCUGUUAACUGUGCUUCUGUGUUCGUGUCCUUGUGUCUGCCUGGCUGUGUGUGCAUCAGGGUAGUUCUGUGCACACAUACAGCCAUUUGAGAAACUGUGUAGCUCCACAUGGAUCAGUGCAAAUCUACAUCGUUGUGUGUAUGAGUGUAUGCAUGACAACGUGUGGAUGCAUAUAUGUGUGUGCACGCAUAUGAAAGUGUAUGACUUUCUGGCUUCUCUAUGUGUGUGCUUGUGUGUUCUGAUGUGGGUGUAUUGUGUGUGUGUGUACAGUGCACGUGUGCCUAAAUAAUUCCGUGUUUAUCUGAUUGGAGAGGGUAUGAAAAGAAAUACACCUGAAAGCGUAUAUAUUUCCUGUCGGUGGCUCUUCUAGAACCACCACAUUCCCUUGGCCUCUUCCCACAUACAUGGGGGGGCCCGAUUGGCCAGGCUGGUUAACUGUUUCUCUCCAAUUCCUCUUCCAGGGAGCAGUGUCCCCCAGUCCCCAUCCGCUCCGCUCCUCUUCCCUCUACCCACCUGUGCUGUCUCCUGGAUACAAGACACAGGAGGGAAUGUAGUCCUAAGAAGUGAUCAUUUAGUGCCUUGAGGUAGAAAGCGCUCAACGGCCUGGUAAGCUGGGAGCACACAGCAUUUUGCUGUGUCCUGGAAA